AUGGAAAAAUUGGUACCACUCACUAAAGAGUGCAGUGCCAUUUUACAGAGAAAACUGCCUCAAAAGUUGAAGGAUUCAGGGUCAUUUAGCAUACCCUGCUCUAUUGGAAACUGCACAAUAGGAAAAGCUCUUUGUGACUUGGGAGCAAGCAUAAAUUUAAUGCCUUUAGCCAUUAUGAAGAAGCUGGGAAUUGUAAAGGUAAAGCCAACAGGGAUAACACUUCAACUUGCAGACAGAUCUUAUACAUAUCCCUAUGGAGUAGUGGAAGACCUUUUAGUCAAGGUAGACAAGUUUAUAUUCCCUGCAGACUUUGUUAUACUUGAUAUGGAGGUAGAUGCGGAUAUCCCUCUCAUAUUAGGAAGGCCAUUCUUAGCAACAGGGAGAGCCUUAAUAGAUGUGCAGAAAGGUGAAUUAAUGCUAAGAGUACAAGAGGAGAAAGUCAUUUUUAAUGUAUUUGAGGCCAUCAAACAUCCAAGUGAUGAUAUGAGCUGCAUGAAGAUUGAUGUAAUAGAUGUUGUGUUACCACAUUCAUUGGAGAAAAAUGAUGAAAGUGCAGUCUUGGAAAGCAUAUUAGCUGCAGUAAAAUGUAGUAUUCAUGAAGAGUAA